UUCUUUCUUUUCUUUCUUUCCUGUUGGCUUCUGUUUUCUCCCCAGCUGUUCCUGGAUUAGAGGAGUCACUCUCUCCACCAGCAACAUGGGGAACAUGGCUUGUGUUCCCCAAGCACCUGGGAGGUUCAGAUAUUCCUUCUCUAGGAAGCCCUCGCUCAGGAAAGAACAAGAGAGUAAGAAAAAACUAGCUGGCCUUUUCGGUUUUGAACCGGGACAGGAGAGGGAUGUGAGCUCCGACAAAAUACUCCAGUAUAUUCCUGGAAAAAACCUGACCGCCCAGGAAAACGAGAAGGAGAACUUUGACCAGCGCUUCCCAGGCCUCUUCAAGAAAGGGAGAAGGAAGACGGUGGUGCGGAACCUGGGGAAAAUUAUCUAUUACUCCAAAGUCAAAUUUAAAUUCCAGCAUAGUCAGGAGCUGAUUGACUGCUACCUGGAACUCUUUCAAGCCUACCUCUACUUCCAGUCCCUUGGACCUAAUGGACUCACCUAUCAGGGUUUGCUGCCCUUGAAGGAACUCCAGCUGAAUGAACUUGAGAACCCAAAGGGAUCCCAGGAGGAGGUUUAUGCUUUCCAAAUUACAGGUCCCUUGCUCAACCCCCUGAUAGUCUACUGCCCCAACAAGUCAGAGGUAAAGCGUUGGCUCUACCACUUGGAGAAGCAGAUCCAUUUAAAUGGAGGGAACCUUGACCUGCCCUUCUUGACUCAGAACGAAUGGAAACAAGGCUCCGCUGGGCGGGAGCAGCUCCGGUGGUCUGUGCAGAACGCUCCUGUGCAGGAAUGGAGGGGGACCCAGCGGGAGUCUCUGGGCGACAUCCUCUGUGUCUCUAAAGUGCAGUUGCAACACUUGCCCUUCCAGGAGGCACACGACCGGCUGUUGAUCCUCUAUCCAUCCACCCUGGUAAUCGUAUCUGAAGAACGCAAUGGCCUCUAUUUUAAGGGAGAAUUGCCCUUGAAUGCUAUUCAAGUGCAGUUUGAAGAAAACCAGAAAACCUCCUUUCUAAUAGAAGGUCGGUUAAUCAACUCCAUUCGGGUGAUUUGCCCCUCCUAUGAAGACUACCAGGAGUGGUUGUAUUGCCUCAAAACAGCUCAGUUCCGUAAUGUGGACUCAUCCCUUUCUGGAUCAGAGAGCUUCUCGGGACCAAAAGCACCACACUUGACUCAGUUCUCCGGAAGCGGGAGAGGCUCGCUCACCUCUGAUGGCCGAACCAACUCCUGGGCAUCCGGAGGGAAGGGGGCAACCUCCACGCACCAUUCCCAGAACAGCACCGGAUCCCUUUCUGAAAAGCAGUCAUUUGGGGGGAUGCCAGAGAACCGCUUAGCAGACGGUCCUAUGCCUCAGGCAAGCCAUUGUCUGGGAAAUCCAGCAUCAACGACUACAGGGAUUGCAAAACCUGAACUGAAAAGGAAAGGGAGCUCUCGGAAGUCCAAAGGGAAGUGUGGCCUACAGAAACCACAACCCAGCAGUCAAGACUCUGAAAGGAGUCAUUUUCAGCUCAUCCCAGAACAUGCCAGCGGGGAAGUCUUGUCUCCAGUGUACAAUGAACCAUACACAGCCCUGGCCCAACAACAACAGCCCCCUUCCGUUCCUCCACUGCAUCUGGACCUCAACAAUCUGAAACAAUGGAACUUGCCAAGAUGUCAGAACUGCACAGCAGCCCAAAACAGGGAGAAUACCCCUCCGCCUUGCUCCCCCAUGUAUGCCGACCCUUACACGCCCAAUUCCCCCUCUUCACAUGGGGCAGCGGACUCCAACUUGGUGGAAGAGUUCAUGAGACGCCAUGGGCAGAGUGCCUUGGAGCAUCAAAAUGGCUACCCUGCCAUGCCAGUGACGGUCCCCAUCACCCACCACCCUCCGGCGCAAAAGAAGAACUGCCAGGCAUUACCUGGCAACCACUGGCGAGAGCCAACCGCAGCUCAGAGAUGCAGCCCUGCUUUGAAUUAUUCAGCAAUGCCUCCGUCAGACACUGACUACUUGACCGCAAGCACCUUGUCAAGGGAUAGGGAAGAACUUCCAAUGCCUUCCUUGCCAACUUCAGACAAAGGGAUUGGAACAUACGACCUUCCAGAAAGCGGACGAGAACGUCUUGACUCUGCCUAUCAUGACUAUGCUGAACUCCAAAGCUUCCAGAGCGACUUCAGUUAUGACAACAUUUGGGACAUGGAGACAAAGGACAAUGAUAUCUAUCAUUGCUAGAGGCUCAGGCCAUUUGAAGGGAGUUAUAAAAAAGGCCAGAGAGAGGCACCCCGACUCUGUUCUGACUCUCCUCCGCUUCUGUGCUGGAUAAUAUAAAACACUGGAUGCUGAGCCCAAAUUCUUUCAUUUCUCUAAAAGUGGCAGGUUUCACUAUCCUAUGGAAGGCUAUGGCUUUCCCUAUUAUAUUAGGACAUGUCCUCCCCCCUUUUCCACUUUUUCUUCUCUCCCUUUGCUUAACCGGUGUGGUGCUAUGACAGAUUCAUCUGAAAAGGAGCCUGGGAUUUCAGCAGCCCAUCCAAUCCGCUCUGCCGAUCUUUGUAGGAAUGGGUCUAGGACCCUGGACUGUUUGUAGCUCCUAUGCAGAAAAACCUAACUCUCCCAGUUUGUGGCUGACUGGGGCCAAGACUCUCGCUUUGCAUCAGAUCAGUGGGUUUUGCUAUUUUUCGGUUCAAGAAGAACAAGAAAGAAAGCCAUCGACUCACCUUGGAAAGCAAGGAAUUAAGAGAGAGCUCGCGUUUGUAAAUCUGGACAUCGGUUCAAAGGUUAUAGGUUAAGAUACUAGUUGAGUGCCUUAUAGAAGAUAUCUAACAGUGGAGGAAUGUGAACUCUGAAACUCCAGCCUUACAGUAUUAGGAAUUUGGGAUGGGAGAUGACCUGAUAACAGCAGAGGUACUGUUUAUUUUAUUCUAAGGGAACUUGAUGGUAGCCAAAAACACUGCAUUCUGUGAAAGUGUGCCAAAAUGGCCAGCAUUGCAGGCAAUCCUGACUAAAUCUAAACUGAGGAUGUGUAAAUAAGUAUUUAAUUUGAAAAUUAUAUGUUAAAGUCAUCAGCCAACAAGGAGGCUAUGUGUGUCUGUGCAGGUACGCACAUAUACACACAAUGGGGUGGUGGUGGAGGUAUAGAUAAGAGCCAGUAUUUAUCUCCUUUAUUAUUAUCUUUGAACUUGUCAAGGGUCAAACCUGGAAACCUGCUUUGAGGAGCUAGACUUCUCUUUGCAGUAAGAAAGAAGGGAGUACCCUCUGUUACUGUCGCCACAGAUUCUGGAACGGAGAGGCUGCUGUGCAGUUAUCUAGUGCACCUAUGGAUAUGCCCUAUUCGAAUGUUACUCAAUUUAGCACAGUGCUUGGAGAACUUGCUGCUUUUUUCGGACUACGACAUUUUGAAUCCUCAAGCCAAGUGGGGAUUCUAGGAGCUGUAGUCCCUAAAAGAAACCUUUCCAGAGUGGUUUGGGAUAGCCGAACCCCAAACCUUACCACCUGCAACUGGGACUUGUCCUUUUCUUUGUGUCCUUUGAGCUUACAAUGUCUGCCAACAACACACCCUUGCUUGUUGCCCUGGUUUCUUCUCCUCCCAAACAUGAACAAGUUGCAGAGGAAAAUGGGGCAGGUGAGCCAGGAAUGUUGCCAGCCAUCUGCAAAGCUUUAGGCAAGAUGUCUGCAGGAGCAGCAUCAAAGAGGAGAGAGGAAUCUCUGGGAACAAGUUGGAGAGGUUUGCUGGAA